AUGCCUUUUAUUCGUCUCGGAUACAAGCGCAUUCACUACACAGACUCCAAGCCAAGAGAUGGAAAGGAGCGCGAAACAUUCGUUUUUAUGCACGGUUUGGGCUCUUCUCAGAAUUAUUAUCAUGGGGUAACACAAGUUUUGGUCGCCAGUGGCUUUCGCUGCAUAACGUUUGACAACACAGGGGCUGGUCGAUCGCCAUAUACGUUUGUGGAGCAAAGUAUUGAAUCGAUGAGUAAUGAUGUCAUUGGCAUCUUAGACGCACUGGAGGUUGAAAAGGCGGUGUUUGUUGGACAUAGCAUGGGAGGCAUCGUGGGCGCACACGUCGCGGCCGAGCGGAGUGACCGCAUCGUCGCAGCGAUCCUCGUUGGUCCCGUGUACCCAAACACAGGCCUCAUCCCCGUAUUCCAAAAACGAAUAGAGACCGUUGAAAAAGACGGGAUGCAACCCUUGGCGGACAGCAUUCCUGACGCUGCUGUCGGAAAAAAGGCCUCUCCACUCGCCAAGGGGAUGAUCCGCGAGUUGCUGCUAUCACAAGACCCCGCUGGCUAUGUAUCAAACUGUCGAGUCAUCCUCAAUGCAUCACCGCCUCAUUACAGCAAGAUCAGCGUGCCGAUUCUUAUCCUCGCCGGUGCUGAGGACAAGAGCGCACCACUUGAGGGAUGCAAGAAGAUGUUUGAAGAGAUGGGAAGCACCAAGAAGCGAUUAGAGAUCAUGGAGGGAGUUGGGCAUUGGCAUUGUCUGGAGGCGUUUGACGAGGUCGCGAAACUGAUCGAGGGGUUUUACCACGAGAUCCAAUGA